GGCCUGUGCGCAUGCGCGUUUAUUGUUUUGACUGAAAAUGCCGUCGGUUUCGAAAACGGCGGCGAGCGCUUCUCCACAAACCGAGAAACCGACCCACUAUACAUAUUUGAAGGAAUUCAGGACCGAGCAGUGCCCGCUGUUUCUGCAGCACAAAUGCACGCAGCAUAGACCCUUUACCUGCUUUCACUGGCAUUUCCUCAACCAGCGGAGACGGAGACCCAUCAGGAGGCGAGAUGGGACGUUCAACUACAGCCCGGACGUGUACUGCACCAAAUACGAUGAAACCACGGGCAUAUGUCCUGAUGGAGACGACUGCCCUUAUCUGCACCGGACCACUGGUGAUACAGAGCGCAAGUACCACUUACGCUACUAUAAGACUGGCACCUGCAUCCACGAGACCGAUGCCCGAGGGCACUGCGUGAAGAAUGGGCUCCACUGCGCCUUCGCUCACGGCCCGCACGACCUCCGGCCGCCAGUCUACGACAUCAGAGAGAUCCAGGCCCAGGAGGCCCUGCAGAACGGACAGCUGGGCUCCGGAGAGGGCAUCCCGGACCUGCAGCCCGGAGUCCUGGCCAGCCAGGCCAUGAUCGAGAAGACCCUGAUCGAGGACCCCCGCUGGCAGGAUACUAAUUUUGUUCUGGCCAACUACAAAACAGAGCAAUGCACCAAGCCCCCGCGCCUAUGCAGACAAGGCUACGCCUGCCCCCAUUACCACAACAGCCGAGAUAGAAGAAGAAAUCCCCGAAAAUUCAAGUACAGGUCGACCCCGUGUCCGAGUGUAAAGCACGGUGACGAGUGGGGCGAGCCGUCGAAGUGUGAGAGCGGGGAUAGCUGUCAGUACUGCCACUCCCGCACCGAGCAGCAGUUCCACCCGGAGAUUUACAAAUCUACAAAAUGCAACGACAUGAGGCAGACUGGAUACUGUCCACGGGGGCCAUUCUGUGCUUUUGCACAUGUAGAAAGAAUUCCUUCUACAGAAGAGACCAUGAGCACUCUGCUCACAGCCAUGCAGUCGGGCUCUCAGGUCAAGCUGGGCUCCCAGCAGUACCCCGAGUGUCCGGUCAGCGAGUGGAGCGCCACCACCAAUUCCAUCACCAGCAGCGCCAGCAACAACGGCCAAUCGGCUAACGUGUCAUGCUCUAAUAGUCUGACUGUAACGCCCAGCUCAGGAAGCACCAGUUCAUUGUCCCCAAUUGGACCCAUCGGCAGGCCCAAAAGCUUUACUAACGGUAGCUUAUGUUCAGAGUCCACCACGUCCAGUGUUUCCUCUCCGACGUCUAACUAUCCCAAAGCUCCGGGCUUUGAGCGCGAGGAUCAGGCAAAGAACCUGAAAGGCCAGUGUGGAGAAAACAAUCAGAAGUUAAUGGACCAAGAUAAGCAGAGGGAGUUCUCUGUGGUGAACCCGCUGGCGUCCAGCAUCACGUCGAGCAUCACCUCCAGUUUGGCUUCCAGCAUCGGCUCUGACAGCUCCUCACCCACCACCUUAUCCACCAUGAACGCCAAGGCAACCCCGUUCUACCCAGGGAGCAAUACGGUGGAGUCGGUGAUCGGGUCUGCACUCGACCUGAAUUUCAGUGACAUCAAUGUUGCCUCUCUUGAUAAAGAGCUAGAAGACCAAGACAAUAAUGGCCUUGGUUUAACAAGUCAGAGGUUACUAGGCGGUUCUGCUCCGGUUAACAUUCCCGGUUCUCUGGCUCGAUCCUCCUCUCUGCAUUCGUCCUCCUCUCUGUCCGCCUCCCCCCUCAGCUCCCUGUCCCAGUCCUUAUCCCAGUCCCUGCUGAGCGGAAUGGCCCCUCAGCAGAGCCAGAGCCAGGCCGUCAAAUCAGAGCACGGCCUUCUGGGGACGCCCACGUCCACCCAGAACUCUCUAGGUUUGAACGGCGGUACAGGAAGUAUUUGGGAUUUUGUGAGCGGCAGCCUCUCGCCCAGCCCGUCUCCCGUAUUCAGCAGCCUCAGCUCCAGCAUGGUCGGCUCCAGCAGCGCUGACCUGGGCCGCCUCCUGCGGGAACUGGACGAGGCCAAGCGGAAGAUCAAGCAGUGGGAGGACGCCUGGCACCAGGUCAAACAGGCGUGCGAGGCGUGGCAGAAAGAUGCUCAGGAGACGAAGGAGCAGGUGAAGUCGGCGGAGGCGGAGCGGCAGCUGGCGGAGCAGAAGCGUGAGGACACCGAGCGCAAACUGAAGGAGCUGCAGAGCGACUUCGACGUGCUGUGCCGCUCGCCCAACAUGCCUCUCCUGCGCAGCUACGGAGACCUGGACCAGCUCCCACUGUCCAAACUCCACUCCAUCCAGAGCCAGCUGCGCUCGGACCUCGACCUUAUAGACGGGGUUAUUUAUCAGCUUCAGUCAAAGAAAUGUAUAGUUUGCCAAAAGCAUGAUCGUUGCAUUGUCCUGCAGCCUUGCCAACAUUACGUACUUUGUGAGAACUGCGCGCCUAGUAAAACAGAAUGUCCUUACUGUAAGACGAAAAUAUUGAAGUGGUGAUGUACAGCUAUUAAAGGUACUAUUUAAAAAAAAAAAAAACAAUUAUUAUAGCCCUUUGAAGAACUACUAAUACAUAUAAUGCUUACAGUUUCUACAUAGCAUUUUUUUUCCAUGUGUUUCAGUAUUUCAUAUUAUAGUGAUUGAUAAAAAAUUGAUAGUUUUAUUAUUAGAAUCUAAUAAAUGGUGUUUGACUGAUUAUAUGAAUAUACAGUAAAUCAAGUACUUAAAUGCAAUACAUGUUUUUUUUGUACUAUAGCUAGAUUGUUAUUAAUUCAUUUUACGUUAAUUUGUUUAUUUGCAUCAAGCAUUAAUUCAAAAUUCCCCCUGAAAGAAAGAAAGUUUAAAGAAUAUGUAUCGACACUCGUAUAUGUAUAAAUUAAUAAAUUAAUUGGAUCAAAUUUAUUUGACUGUUAAUCUGUUAAUUUUGAAGCAGAUGAAACGUCAGUCAAACAUCAUUGUUGCUACUAGUUUAGCUGUGUGAAGAUGAUGAUAAUUUGAUUUUUUGAUUUCUUGUUUAAAAAAAAGAAGCACUUUGUUGACCUGGAAAUUUGUCAAAGGGUAUUUUAGAAAAGAAAUGCUUUAAAUGCUUUAAGCUGCUUUUUGUAGUUUUUUUUUUUUUGUUUUUAAGAAUUUGUUAUCUCCCAGAUAAUACGCUAAUGUAUGAAGCUUUUUGUGUGUACUGUGAACAUAGUAGAAUAUUUCAUAUUUCUUACUGUUUAAAAAAAGAAUCAUAAUAUAGUAUAUUGUUAGUUUUUUGUAUAAAAUAGUACUAAAUGGUAGUUACUACUUUUUUCAUUGUUACUUUCAUUAUUUCAUUUUUUUUUUUUUGGUUUGUUUCCAAUCUAAAUAAGUGCAACCUUUUUGAAUGCAUUUUAGGCAUAACCAGCAGCUGUAAUAUCAGUAUAAGGCACAUACUGUAUGCUAAGGCAUUUAGUAAGUUCUGUCUUCUUAGUGAUUUAUGGAGUAAUUCAUGAUGUAGUUGUUGUUAAUGGAGCACACGUGUUCGGAAGUCUUUUUUUUAGGACUUCUAGCCUUUCGGAUACAUUUUUCUUUUUCUUUUUUCUUUUCUUUUUUUUUUUUUUGCGCCAGAACCGUGUCCGGAUUCUCGGCCACUCGCUCUCAAGUGCCUUCGCCUUAUAGAGUACUUAUAAUAAUAAUAAGUGAAUCUACCAGGAGCUUAGGAUUGUAGUGCAAACACAACCACAGGUAGUCAGUGCUUGUGCGAUAAAAAGAAAAUCAAACAAACAAACAAAAAAAAAGGUUAAAAAACUUGGAAAAGUAUGUAUUUCUCAUUAAACUCGCUCAAAUUUUCAUGUCGGGAGCGAGAUAUUUGAGAUAUUUCACGUAUUUCACAUAUUUGAGCUAUUUAAGCGUAAACUGGCCCAAUUCUGCGCGAGAGUGUUCGUUUUUUCUUCUAUAUUAUUCUCUUUCUCUCUUUAAAUAUAUAUAUAUAUAUAUAUUUAAAUAUAUA